AUGGCCACCUUCUCCUCACUCUCUCUCAUCCUCAUCCUCUCUCUCACCGCCGGCGAUAUCCUCCGCCGCGGAGACGCCGCCGCCGCCGCAAUCAGCACCGUCUGCGCCAAAACCAGGCAACCGUCUCUCUGCGUAAAUCUAUUGAAAUCCUCGGAUACACGCAGCGCGACGGCGAAUCUGGCGGUGCUGGCGCAGAUCGCCAUCGACGCCGCGACGGACUCCGCCGGAGGAGUCAAAAUCAGGGCUCAUAAUCUCUUCUUAUCGGCGAGGAAUCCGAAUUUGAAGAGCAUUUACGGAAAUUGCCAGAAUUUGUAUGCCAAGGGUUUGGAUCAGCUCUUCAUCGCGCCGGAGUAUCUGCAAAAUCGCAAUUACGGAAAGCUCGUAGCGGCGGCCGCAGUCGUUGGCGGAGGAGCUAGAGGCUGUGCGACGGCCGCGGCGAAGGAUGCUGCGUUGAAGCAGGGAAAUGAUGAUACUGCGGUUUUGGCCGACGCCGUUGGUGUUAUAGCUAGACUUCUAUGA